AUGCAAAGACCAAGACGUACUUCAGAGUUCCACGAGGAACCUGGUGGCAUACGACGCCAAUCAAGGGCCCAACAAAGGAGCAUUGCUCCAUCCCCUUCGACAGCCUCAAAAUUUACCACACGGCAAAGUCGUAUUGCUGUUGCAACACGUUCCAGUUCAACAGAUCGAGCAGCAGCCAACUCGGGUAAUAAUGCAUUUCUUACUGUUCCAGGUAGUGUUACAGGUCGUAAUUCGACAACGACCACACCUAUGUCAACGGCAAAGAUAACAAGUAAUCGUGUCCUUUUCACUGCCGAGAAACAUCGUGGCGGUGCAGCCAGUGCCUCCAAUGGCGGGGCAUUACACAACGAUAAGAAAUGGGUGCAGGAGCAGACUCAACGUAUCACCGAAUAUUUAUUAAAUCAGAAUACAAUUGGUGGCAUUAGCACCGACUUUCUUCAGAAGGGCCUACGACAAAUGUCCAUUAAGCAAUUUGUGGCUAUUGUCAACUUCUUUCUCAAUCACAUUUGGGGUAAACGUUAUGUUGUCGGUGCUAAUCAUGUCGAGGAUAUUAUACAAAUAUUACAGAAGCUGCAAUAUCCUCAUCCCGUCAAUAAGUCAUGGCUGAAAACACCAAAUACCCAACAUUCUUUUGGCAAUGUCAUCGUAUUGCUUGAUUUUUUAAUGGAUUUUGUGCCGCCCUAUGUGGAUGACGAUGUUGUGCCACAGGUGGUUGAUUACUUCGAACUGCAGGAACCUCACGAAAUAAUGAAUGGAUCCCGCAUGGCUGAGGAUAUAUUUCAGAGUCCAGAUUUGGAAUUUCAACGUGAGCUGCUAAUGAACACCGAGGAAGGAUUUACACUUUGGGAUACUCAAAUGAAUGAUGAGUUCCACAGCUUGCAACAGGAAACCUGUAAUCUUCUGAUAAAGAAGACCUGUAAUUUUGCGGAUGCAGCUGCAAUUCAAGCAGAAUGUGAUAAAUUAAAAAACCAAUUGAAAUCACUGGAAGAUUUGAAACCCAAAGAGGAUAAGGAAUUGAUUCAUCUGGAAGCUAAAUUAACAGAUGAAUUUGAUUUCCUAAGUAACGACAUGGAACAGUUGAAAGAAGAUUUCCACAAUAAGAGACGCAUUCAACAACAGCUAACCAGAGAGAAAGCCGAUGUACUCAACGAAGUGGAAAAUAUGGAAAAAGAAGUUAACGAUCUGCAAAAGCUCAUAACCCAGCAAGUUUGCACGGUGGAACAAAGAAAUCAGCUGAUGACAGAUCAAAAGCAUUUGGAACACUUACUGAGCAUAGAGGAGCGUACAUUGCGUGAAUUGGAGUCACGCAAUCACAACCAACAGGUUCUCUAUGCAAGAGUCCUCAAGCAAUUCACCGAUGGCGUGGACUCCUUUAAUGCAUUUAUGCGAGAAAUUGUCUUCUCCGAUAUACCAGGUAUGAAGAAAAUCUCCUCCGAGGAACUACAACUUCCCCUACGUCCCGACGAGGAACAACUUCAAAAACGUAUUCCACAUUUGUUGGAAAUCAAAGAAGCCAUCCAAAAAGCGAUACAAGAAAAGAAAAAACAAGCCACCGAAAUACAAAUUCGAGCAAUGGAUAUAACCGAUGAAGUCGAUACUCAGUUGGAAACCAAAUUCAAUGCUCUGCGCCAUCGUGUGGCCCAGUCAAGAGAUAAAUUUGAGAAAUUAUGUUUGAAAAUGAAAGAACAUGCUGCCAAUCUGAAUAUGAAAGCUCUAGAAUUACAAAAUCAAGUUGUUACCACGGAUAAAAAUAUUGAACAGCUACAAGCUACCAUUGAUCAGAAACGUAGUGAAAUUGAAAUGAUGAAAGAGAAGAAUGAAGAAACCAUGAAAGAUGCCGAAGAUCGUCAUGCCCGAUAUUUAGAACAAAGGAGGGCACUUAUAAAAGCCUACGAUGAUAUGCAAUCGGCUAGUGGUGAUGCUUUGAAAAAGUUGGCCGAAAAAGUUGCAGAGCAAGAAAAACAACUGGAAGUACUUCGAAAGGAAUUUCAAACAGAAGAACCGUUGAAUGAGAAUGAAUGA